AUGGAAGCGGAUGAACAAUUCGAGGCAGAUCUUCAGUUUCUUCUCCUGAAGUCGUCCACGCUCAACAAAAGUGAAAAGUUCGUCAAGGUAUCUCAAAACGUGGUUUCUACCAACCAGAAACAAGGCCAAAAAUUAAUCAAAGGAAAGUACAAAAUCAGCAUGGAAGAAAUUACAAAAGAUAUGGAUGGUAUAAACUUCUCCAGUGAUGAAAAUGACGAGCCGGUGACCCCUGAACCAAGCCCUCACAAUACCAGCAAAGAAUCAGAAACUUCAAGUAGUGUUCCAGCUAAGAAAGCGAAGAAAAAGAGACAAAGAAAGAAGAAGGAACAUGUAAAAGAUGCAGAGAAAGACGGCUUUCCUCCACAAUCUCAAGAAUCGGGAGUACCAAGCGAAACCCACUCUUCAUCUGCAUCAACUGACGGCCAAGAACUGACACCUUCCCGCAGUGCACAGUCCACUAGAACUGUUCCCAAAGCACCUCAAAAAAGCUUUUUAACUGCCAUGGAACCAACUACAUCGAUAAUUGGACUCUCGAAUUCCCAAAUAUUGUCUCUUCCGCUCAACGACGUAAAGUUGAAGCUUCUAGUAUCUUCGGGUAGUAAGACGAUACAGAAUAUAUUGAAGUUUGCCAAAAGAGAGACUUCGGAUUUGUUCGAGGAUUACGAACGCAAAAGAGUGUUUCUCCAGCUUUGCGUGGAAGUGGCAUUGAUGGAGUCAAUGGGGUUCAAGAAAGUAGCGAGAAAAUGGCCUCAAGUGAUUGAGUGGUUCGGUGGAUAUCCCGAGAUCAAUCUUACAACUACCAAGACUCGACUAACGCCGUCCACAAAGGAUAUACACAAGAACUCGUUCGACUACUCCAUGCUAGCAUUAAUUGGCCACAUUUUAAUAUGGGGAACGUUCCUACAGCGCAAAGCCAAACAGCCAGUUUUCACCAAAAAAUACGACAUUCAGGUUCAAAACGUCAAAGAAUGCCUUGGCGGCGACUUCUUGUGGGACCGUCUCUCGCAGCAUCCAAAGAUGAAUGCCAAACGGUGGAAACAUGUGAUCAAAUUCAGACAAUCAUUUCCAUUUGAAGUUAACCAAUUCAUGAUGGUUUUGCGGUUCAUGAAGGUGGAUGAUUUUACCAGCUCCAGCAAUAUAUUAGCAUAA